AUGUUAGCGUUUUUGAUAAUUCUGGCAGCGAAUGCGGCGGCGACCAAUCAGGACUGGCACCCAGCCGUUGACCCAGCUCUCUUAAGGCAAAUUAGGCAGGACAGUCCGGCGGGUCUAAUGAGUGUCAGUAACGGCGCACCAGUCACCUACUGCGAAGUGAACAGCACACUGAACAAGCCGCUGAUCCGCAACUCUUUCCUCAUGGAUCACGUGACUAGUAUGGAUCGAGAGAGGACUUGCGUCCGCACUGUUCAUGGACAGGGCUCCGGAGCGUUUGGUUUCUUUAAAGUGACCCACGACCUUUCCCAUAUUUGUAAAGCUAGCUUUCUGAAGGAAAUCGGUAAGAAGACGCCCGUCGCAGCUAGAUUCUCAUCUGGAAUUGCAGAAAAAGGUGGCUCCGAGUUAAGCCGAGAAAUCAGAGGCUUCGCUUUAAAGUUUUAUACCGAUGAAGGUAUUUUCGAUAUACCUGGUAUCGUAACUCCAAUGUUUGUUGUAAAAAAUCCACUCUAUUUCGUAGAAUUCAUUCACGCAAUACGAAAAAACCCAGCGUUAUAUCUUGCUGAUCCGAUGAAGUUAUGGGACUUUGUAAUCAAGUAUCCCGAAGCAAUGCAUACGUUUUUGUUGAUGUUCGCCGAUCGCGGUAUCCCGCUUAGCUUCGCCAAUAUGCCGUGCUACAAUGUCCACUCGCUCCAAGUCGAGAAUGAGGCAGGGGAGGUACAUUUUAUCAGAUUCCACAUUGAACCGUUCGAGGGAAUAAAACACUUAACUACCGCGGAAGCUCAGAAAAUAAAUGCUGCAGACCUCGAUUACUAUACGAGAGAACUGUACAACAGAAUCAAAAAAGGUGAUUACCCACGUUGGAAUGUUAGCGUACAGAUCGUGAGCGAGGAAGACGUACAAAAACAUGGGGGGCUCAUGUUUGAUGUGACACGGGUGCUUCCUAAAUGUGAUUUCCCCCUACACCUACUUGGCGAAAUAGUCUUAAAUAGAAACCCAACAAAUCACUUCGCAGAAAUAGAACAGUUGGCCUUUUGUCCAGCGAAUUUGGUGAACGGUAUACUCGGCGCGCCAGAUAAGGUGUACGAAGCGCGUAGAUUUGCCUACGCAGAUGCUCAACUGUAUCGCUUGGGGCCGAAUGUCCAAAAGAUUCCCGUUAACUGUCCACUUCAUGUUCCUACCGAAUAUUCGGAGUCGCCUGGUGAGCCUGUUAGCUACGAAUCGACGAAUAAGAGAGGUUUACUUAAAAUUAAGGAAGAAGAACCAUACAAUUACGACCAGGCCGCAGAACUAUAUGAAAACGAGCUGACAGGCGACGAACGUACGCGACUACAUGAAAAUCUCAUCCUAGCGAUAUCACCCGCCUCUGAAUUCGUUCGUGAAAGAGUGAUAGAAAUCUUGGAAAUGAUCCACCCAGACUUAGCCUACCAAGUAGCAAAAGGACUAACUUCUACAAUGGCUGAGUAA